AUGGGUCACUGGCUGUCCCUCACAUGGGAGCUCUCGGAGCCAUCAAGCUCUAUGCAUUGCGAAGGCACAGCAUACACAGCUCAGGCAGAUGACAAGACAGUUCCUGGUACUCCUACAGAUGCUAAUGCCAGAGCCUUAUUGGUUUGCAAUGGACCUUUAGAACAUUACGACUUCCUGAUUAAGCAAGAAGAGCUGAGGAAUGAUGAGCAACAAAGAAGAGUUGUGCAGCACCUGCAGAAGUUACAUGAGAGCCUUAAAGGCUACAGCAUCAGUUCAAAAAAUCUUCUCUCAAAGUUGUUUGCGAAAAACAAACCCCCAAAAGGUCUUUAUGUCUAUGGAGAUGUUGGUACAGGAAAGACAAUGGUGAUGGACAUGUUCUAUUCUCACUUAGAAGUAGAAAGGAAAAAGAGAGUCCAUUUUCAUGGCUUCAUGCUAGACGUACACCAGAGAAUACAUCGCCUUAAGCAGAGCUUACCAAAAAGAAAGGCAGGAUUCAUGGCCAAAUCAUAUGACCCAAUUGCACCAGUAGCAGAGGAAAUAAGCGAAGAGGCUGCCCUCUUAUGUUUUGAUGAAUUUCAGGUCACUGACAUUGCUGAUGCCAUGAUUCUGAAGCAGCUUUUUGAAAAUCUGUUCCAAAACGGGGUUGUCGUUGUGGCAACAUCUAACAGGCCGCCAGAAGAUCUCUAUAAAAAUGGUCUUCAGAGAGCUAAUUUUGUACCAUUCAUUGCCGUGCUGAAGAAAUACUGCAGCACAGUCCAGCUUGAUUCUGGAAUAGACUACAGGAAACGAGUGCUUCCUGCUGCUGGAAAACUCUACUACCUCACAAGUGAAGCUGAUGUGGAGGCUGUCAUGGAUAAGUUGUUUGAUGAGCUGGCUCAGAAACAAAAUGAUUUAACUAGACCAAGGAUUCUGAAAGUGCAAGGCAGAGAGCUGAGGCUGAAUAAAGCGUGUGGAACCAUUGCAGACUUCACGUUUGAAGAGCUGUGUGACAGACCUCUUGGGGCCGGUGACUAUUUGGAGAUAUCAAAGCAUUUUGACACGGUCUUUAUUCGUGCCAUACCACUUCUCACAAUGGUAAAAAGGACACAAACUCGUCGAUUCAUUACUCUCAUCGAUACCUUUUAUGAGCAUAAGGUGCGUGUUGUUUGUUCUGCAGUGACUCCUCUCCAAAGCUUGUUCCUGGUAGAACACGACAAUGGUGGGCUAGAGGACAACAGAGUGUUGAUGGAUGAUUUGGACUUGAGCCAGGAUUCUGCCAAAGGACUCUCCGUGUUUACAGGAGAAGAGGAGAUCUUUGCCUUUCAGCGUACUGUCUCACGGCUUACAGAAAUGCAAACUGAACAGUACUGGAAAGAUGGGGACAGAAGCAAAAAAAGAUUAUAA